AUGUCUGAUAAGAAGAUUUCUGACUGCUCCCUAAUCCGGUUCUACUUCUGUACCCCACAGGUGAGCCAUAUCCGCCAGCUGGAAAGCGAAAAGGCGUCGCUAGGCAACGAGUUCGAGCAAAUCAACAACGACCUGGCCACACAACAGUCUCUGCUGGCCAGCUGCUGCCAGCCCAAGCACGUGGAGACAGGCAUCGUCCACUGCGGAGACUCCACACACUGGAAGAACGACGAACAAGGCGACUGGUCCAACCUCGUUUCUCACACGUUCCAGCGCGCUUACGACCAGUCCCCCACCAUGAAGCUGGGGGUAGUGGCGCUAGACCACGACAAGAACGCCAACACCCGGUUCUACGUGGAGGUUCUGAAGGUGGACGAGAAGGGCUUCACGGUCAAGUGUUCCACCUGGGCCGACUCCAGGCUGUUUGAUAUCUCCGUCAGCUGGAUUAGUCUGUCGCAGUAACUAGGUCAUACAGGCCAGGUCACAUUUAUCACGACCUGUUCCAUUUGCCACAAUAAAUAGGUCACAGAUG